AUGCUAUCUAAUAAUCUACAUUGGAAUCAACUAUCAUCGAUGGGAUUCGAUGAUUUAUUUUCAUUAUCCAAUGAUUUCAAUCCUCAAAGUGACUCCGAUGAAUAUUCGAUGUUAUUUGACGAUCUUAUGAAAAAAGAAAUAUUUUCGCCGCCAGAGACUGAUCCAUAUCAACUUCAAAAAGUAUUGCCUGACGACUCGGCACAGGAAUCUCAAGUACCAACUUUAGAAUGUGGUGUCUGUGGGGCUCCUGCAUUCGGUUACAAUUUCGACCAAAUCACUUGUGAAUCCUGCAAAGCAUUUUUUCGUCGCAACGCAUUUCGUGAUAUGUCUCAACUAAGAUGUCGAUUAUCUGGCUCCUGUGUAAUUAAUAUCGAGACACGUCGUCAAUGUACAUAUUGUCGACUGAAAAAAUGUUUUGAUAUUAAAAUGCGUAAGGAUUGGAUUCGAACUGACGAAGAAAAACGAAUACGACAAUUACAAAAAUUAGCAAAAGAACAAAAGAAAUCACAUCAUCCAUUCAACGGCCAACUUGAUACUCUCAGUCUUGCAACAGUUUCACGGAGGAAAAAACGGUUGAUGACGAAUUCGACAGGCCAAUACGUUUUUACGGAUUCAGUGAACACAAAUAGUUGA